AUGUCAAGAAGAGGCUUACGAGAUGAAGAAAUCGAACGAUUAUUGUGUGAAAUUCCAUCAGACGAGGAUUCCACUGUUGACACCACAGAUGACGAAUCUGAUUAUGAAGCAAGCAUUGUUGCGGAGGCUAUUGUGUCGUCUGAAGGCGAAGUUUCAGAGAGCGAGGAAGAAAGUGAGUCCACUCCGCCAAAACGCGCUGCUGACACAGCGCCAACUUGGGGACAACAAUUCAAUGCUACCUCAGGAAUGCAGUUCGACAGUGAAUCAGGACCAAGUGCUUUUAUUAGGGACAUUGAUGAUCCAGAACCUAUCGAUAUAUUCGAAAAAAUAUUUCCAAAAGAGCUAGUUGAGCUAAUCGUUUUCCAAACAAAUUUAUAUGCGACGCAAUCUGGCAAGUCUUUCACUCCAACAACUGACAAUGAAAUACGAACUUUCCUGGGAAUCAACAUUUUGAUGGGUAUAAAGCGUAUGCCAGCAUACAGAGACUACUGGUCUAGUGCCCCAGAACUUCAUGAUCGUUAUAUUGCAUCUCUGAUGGCAGUAAAUCGGUUUGGAUGGUUACUGAGGAACAUUCAUCUGAAUGAUAACACAUUGCAUCCAGAAAAAGGACACCCAGGUUAUGACAAACUGUACAAGCUGCGACCAGUGAUCAAGAUACUAUCUGAAUCUUUUUCCAAGUGUUACCAACCCAGCAAACACCUAGCAAUUGAUGAGUCAAUGAUCAAAUUCAAAGGCCGCAACAGUAUGAAACAAUACAUGAGAGAUAAACCCAUAAAGCGUGGUUACAAAGUGUGGAUGCUGUGUGACAAGACCUCUUACAACUUGAAAUUUGAUAUUUACACCGGAAAAUGCCUAAACAGCAUAAAUGUUGUAAAAUCUGCUGUUGUCAAGAGCAAUGAGUCCGGUCACAUUGUUCGGCGCGAGGAGCGUGCUGAACGAUGGCGCUCAUCAGUGCAUGCGCAGGGCUAG